AUGAAGAAGCAUCUUUCGAUGCUUCGGAUACCACCACUGCUGUUACUGGUCACUCUGUUUCUUUGUUCGAUUUUGACGUUAGCUCCCGCCGCAACUGCCGCGAUCGUAUCGGAACCGGUGACCAAAGUACACAAAGCCGGUGUUUGUGCACUGCGCGGUCAGUGCGGUAAGAAAUCAUUCUUUGGUGGGCAAUUGCCAUGCCCAGAUAACGGGCCAGCUGAGGAACCGGAAGCAUCUGUUAGAAAACAACUAGUUGAUAUCUGUGGAGCUACUUGGAACGAGGGACCAGUGUGUUGUGACAGAGAUCAGCUUGAAAGUCUCGCCUCCAACCUCAAAAAAGCCGAAAACCUCAUAGCAGCUUGUCCCGCUUGCAAGGCCAAUUUCUUCGACCUUUUUUGCACAUUCACUUGCUCUCCUGACCAAUCUUUGUUUUUGAAUAUCACAUCCACUCAAGAACUCAGAGGCGGAAAGACAAUCGUCACAGAGUUGGAUUAUUUUGUGUCAGAGAAAUUUGGAAGUGGAUUUUUCGAUUCAUGCAAAGAUGUCAAGUUUUCUGCAACCAAUGGUUAUGUCAUGGACCUCAUCGGUGGCGGCGCGAAGGACUACAAAGCUUUCCUGAAAUUCCUUGGGGAUGAGAAGCCGUUCGGAUCGCCGUUCCAAAUGAACUUUCCUGCUGGCGAUGAAAUGAACGCGCCUAUGGAGCAGAUGGAUAACUCUCCCAAGCGGUGCAAUGAUACAGAUGUAUCGUACCGAUGUUCGUGCGUGGAUUGUCCCUCUGUUUGCCCUGAGCUUCCGGAGGUUCAAACAGGGAAAGACUUCGGUUGGUAUUCAGCACAUUCGGCUUGGAAGGUACACCGUGAUAGAAGGGCAAGGUUGAGAUUGUUGCAAGAGAGUGCUCCAAGCGAUGACGAAGAUGAGGGUGAUGUCGUGGAUGCAGGCAUGAUCGAAAGAUCUAGAGGGGAGUACCUUCUUAAUACCUACAUCGAUAAAUUUUUCUCGAGACUUGGGGAAACUUGUGCAUCUUGCCCUACAGUGACGAUAGUGAUCAGUGUUGUAUGUGUCGGUCUAUUGAGCUUGGGCUGGCUAAACUUUUCAGUCGAGAAUGAUCCUGUGAGACUAUGGGUUAGCCCUACCUCUGAGGCUGCUAUGGAGAAACAGUUCUUUGACGACAACUUUGGGCCUUUUUAUCGAGCUCAGCAGGCGUUUUUGGUUAACGACACCACUGAUGCUGGGCCAUCACCAACUCUCGAUUACGAUGUGUUAGGUUGGUGGUUUGACGUAGAGAACCGUAUCCGGCGGAUGAAAAGUCUGACCUACGGUGUUACUCUGGACGACGUUUGUUUUAAACCUACCGACUCCGGAUGCGUUGUUCAAUCCAUCACAGGUUAUUUUGGGAACGACUUUUGGAACCUCAAAGAAGCGACUUGGAAAAAAGAUCUGAGAUCGUGUACAGCACAACCCGUUCAAAGUCAAUGUUUGCCAGAUUUUGGCCAGCCUUUGAAUAAAGAAUUAUUAUUGGGUGGCUGGGAAGAGAGUGGGGAUGUUGCAGAAGCGAAGGCAAUGAUUGUGACUUGGGUCUUGGAGAAUCAUCCGGAGGGAUCCGAGGAGCUUGAAAGAAGCAUGGAUUGGGAAAGGAGCUUAAAAAGCACUUUGAUUGCAGUACAGUCUGAAGCAAAAGAAAGGGGCCUGCGGUUGAGCUUUUCAACAGAAAUCAGUUUGGAAGAAGAACUCAAUAAAAGUACCAACACCGAUGCAAAGAUUGUCGUAAUCAGUUAUAUUGCAAUGUUUAUCUACGCGAGUUUUGCUUUGGGUAGCACCGGCUUUGCAAUUGCUCGUAUUUUCAACCAACCCAGCAAAAUUCUAAUCGAGAGCAAGUUCACUCUUGGGAUUUUCGGCAUAAUUAUCGUCCUGAUGAGUGUUUCUGCCAGUGUGGGAUUGUUCUCUGCAAUGGGAGUUAAGGUAACGCUUAUCAUUGCAGAAGUUAUUCCAUUCCUUGUGCUGGCAGUUGGUGUGGACAAUAUCUUUCUAAUCGUCCACGAAUUCGAACGAGUCAAUCAUUCACAUCUCGGUGAUUCCGUAGAGAUUCGGGUCGGGAAAGCAAUGGGGCGAAUGGGGCCUAGUAUUCUUUUAUCUGCAUCGAGCGAGACAAUUUCCUUUGCUCUUGGAGCCAUCGUGACGAUGCCGGCAGUGAGAAACUUUGCGAUAUAUGCUGCAGGUGCGGUAUUCAUAAACGCCGUACUGCAAGUGACUAUGUUUGUAGCGGUGCUGGCCCUCAAUCAGGAGAGAGUCGAAGAUUCAAGGAUGGAUUGUUUCCCUUGUUUCAGGGUCCCCGGAGAAAACAGAGACAAUGGGCAUCUCAAUGGGUUGACAACGAGGGAUAUCAGGAUGCCGGCCUACCCCGUGGAGGAGAGCAUUCUUCAAGGCUUUAUUCGAAAAAAAUAUGCCCCAGGCUUAUUGCAAAGAAAGGCAAAGUGGGGUGUCAUGAUGUUGUUUUUUGGGUUAUUUACCGCAAGCUUGGCACUCCUCCCCAAGAUAGAGCUUGGUCUUGAUCAAAGAAUUGCUAUACCAACUGAUUCAUAUCUUAUUGGUUAUUUCAACGACCUUUAUGAUUACCUUGGUGUGGGCCCACCAGUUUACUUCGUCACUCAAGAGUACAACAUUACACAAGCCCACGAGCAGCAAGCCCUAUGCGGACGUUUUUCCACAUGUGAUACUUACUCGCUCUCGAACGUUCUCGAACAAGAACGCAAACGCCCAGAAACCUCAUACAUCGCUGAGCCCGCUGCGAGCUGGAUUGAUGACUAUUUUCUUUGGCUCAACCCGUCCCUCGAGAAAUGUUGCAGGGUGAAAAAGAGAGACCCUUCGCAACUUUGCGGAGAGUUUGAUAACGACCGACAAUGCAAAAUUUGUUUUGAGGAUAGGGACCCGGCCUGGAAUAUCACUCUUUCUGGGAUGCCACAAGGCCAAGAAUUCCUAGAUUAUCUAAACGUUUGGAUAAAAGCACCGACUGGAGAGGACUGUCCUUUGGCUGGAAAGGCAGCUUAUUCUCAUGCUAUUGUCCCUGAUUACGAAAGGACGACCAUCAAUGCAACUCAUUUUAGGACAUCGCACACCCCCUUGAGAAGCCAACAGGACUUUAUUGACGCCUAUGCAUCCGCCCGGAGAAUCGCGGAUACUAUCUCCAGAAAUGCCGGGAUUAGAGUCUUUCCUUAUUCGAAAUUUUACAUAUUUUUUGACCAGUACUCGACCAUAGUCAAUUUGACUGGCGGCCUACUUAUGGCAGCUUUAGGCUGCAUAUUCCUGGUUUCUACGAUACUUCUAGGAAGCAUAAAGACAGGGUUUGUGGUUAGUGCGACUGUGCUUAUGAUUGUCAUGGACAUUAUAGGUGUCAUGGCUGUCUGGGGAGUCAGUUUGAACGCAGUUAGCUUGGUAAACUUGGUUAUUUGUGUUGGGAUCGGUGUCGAGUUUUGUUCACACGUCGCCAGGGCUUUCAUGUUCCCUAGCAGGAGUGUGGUGGAUAGAGCAAAGGCGAAAUUCAGAGGUAGAGAUGCAAGAGCUUUGGGUGCUUUGGUCAAUGUCGGCGGUUCCGUAUUCUCCGGCAUUACUGUUACAAAGCUCAUCGGAGUCUGCGUUCUUGCUUUCACACGCUCAAAGAUCUUUGAGAUAUACUAUUUCCGCAUGUGGCUUGCACUCGUUGUUAUCGGAGCAACCCAUGCAUUGAUAUUCCUACCAGUCGCCUUAAGCUCCUUUGGAGGCGAAGGCUAUCUCCCAGAUGAUGGCCCCGGGGGUCUGGAGGAGGAUCUCCGAAGCAGAACCUAUCGAAACUUGGUUCCAGCAGAAUACGACUCCAGCUCUGAAGAGGAGUAA